AUGUCUACAAACGGUAAUUCCGUAACAACGCGACUCAUGAGUGAGCUUAAGGAAUUGGUGAGCUGCGGUGCGGAGGGUAUUAGCGCCUUCCCUGUGAGUGAUAAUCUUUUUCAUUGGAUUGCCACGCUGCAGGGCGCACCCAAUACUUUUUACGAGGGUCUCGAGUACAAACUUUCUAUUGAAUUUCCUCAAGAGUACCCCUAUUCUGCACCGGAUGUGCGAUUCAUUACACCAUGUUUUCACCCCAAUGUGGAUUCUCAUGGUGCCAUAUGCCUCGACAUCCUCAAGGAGAAGUGGAGCGCCGUCUACAGUCUUUCAAAGAUUCUCCUUUCCAUUCAAAGCCUUCUCGGAAACCCAAAUAAUCAAUCACCACUGAACCACCGCGCCGCUACACUUUGGGGUGAUGAACAGGCCUUCCGAGCAGAAGUGCUUGCGUACAGGGAAGCGAAGGCAAACGCCUCGUGUUGA